GCGGCAGCGAGCGGCGCGGCGCGGAGGGUUUGCGGGUUCGGGAUCCCCGGCGGCCGGAUGGUGAAAUCCUCCCUGCAGCGGAUCCUCAACAGCCACUGCUUCGCCCGCGAGAAGGAAGGGGAUAAACGCGUCGACGCCAGCCGCACCAUGCCGCUCCUGAGCCUGCACGGCAGUAGCGGCGGCCGCAGCAGCGAGAGGGCCCCCAUCCCCGGCUGUCGUCACCUCGGUCCAGGGCCUCGGUGGCGUUCCUGAUGUCCCUCACCCACCGCUGAAGAUCCCAGGUGGGCGAGGGAAUAGUGACAGGGAUCGCAGCCCUUCGGCCGAGCUCUGCUACUCGGACGAGCGGCUGACCGUGCACGAGGAGGAGCCGCCGUCCAGCGGCGCGGCCCGUGUGCUGAGCCUGCAGACGCGCCUGGCAGAGGCCCGCGUGCUGAGCUGGCGCGCCGUGCUGAGCGCCGACGGGCUCUUCGUGGAGCUGCCGCCCGGAGCUCUGCCCGAGGGCAGCAAGGACAGCCUGGCGCUUGUGCUGGAGUUCGCGGAGGAGCAGCUGCGCGUGGACCACGUGUUUAUCUGCUUCCCCAGGAGCCGAGAGGACCGAGCCACCCUGCUCCGGACCUUUGGCUUCCUGGGCUUUGAACUGGUGAGGCCGGGGCACCCACUGCUGCCCCGCAGACCGGACGCCUGCUUCAUGGCCUACACCCUGAACCCGGAGGAGCCGCCCGGAUGAACGUCCCCUCCCGCCCGCGGGGUCCUCGACGUUUAAUAUUGUGUUUGUGAUACCGAAGUGUUUGCUUUAAUCUAAAUAAAAGUUUAUAUUUU